AUGAAAUUAUUUUUUUGUUUAUUAGGUUUACUUUCGGUGGCUAAUGCAUUCUAUUUCCAUGUUAUUGGAGGUGAACGUAAAUGUUUUUAUAAAGAACUUUCACAAGGUACUUUACUUUUAGGUAAAUAUAAUGUUGAAGUUUUUGAUACACAAACAAAUCGUUUCAUUGCAGCUGAUUCUUCUCAACUUGGAUUAGUUUUAGAUAUUGAAGAAGUCUUUGAUAAUCAUCAUAGAGUGGUACAUCAAAAAGGUUCACCAAGUGGUGAAUUUACAUUUACAGCAAUUGAUACAGGUGAACAUAGAAUUUGUUUCCAACCACAAUCACAAGGUUGGUUAGCAAAAGUUAGAACUAAAAUUGGAGUUGAAUUUGAAAUUGGUGAUAUAGAAACUUUAGAUAGUAAAAAAAAUGAACAUGUUCAAAGUUUAACAGGGAAAGUUAAAGUUUUAAAUAAAAAAAUUUUAAAUAUUAGAAGAGAACAAGAAUUAACUAGAGAAAGAGAAGCUAAAUUUAGAGAUGAAAGUGAAUCUGUUAAUUCAAAAGCUGUUAAUUGGACUAUUAUUCAAUUACUUGUUUUAGGUGCUACAUGUGUUUGGCAAAUUAAUCAUUUAAGAUCAUUUUUCGUUAAACAAAAGAUUGUUUAA